AUGGCUUUUAUCUGCAAUUUCGGCAGCAGCAGCAGCAGCAGCAGCAGCACUAAAGACAAACGGAUUAUAUGGAAAUUCAUUUUAAUGGUAUUGGAUAUAAUAUUCUUUGUCAUAACAAUGUUGACUUCCAAAUUUAAGAAAGAUUGCCUUUACAUCUUUCUGAUAAUUUGUGGUGUUGUGAUCUUAACUGAAAUCGAUUUGAUAAUGAAUCAAUUCUAUCACAAUGUACUGUAUAUAAAUGAUGUUGUAACGGCCAUAAACAAUCAGCUGCGUAGCCUGAGAACAAGCAAGCAUUUGGCAGCUGUACUGCCAUUUCGCUAUAACGCAAAAUUGAAAACAGUGACACCAUCAAAAUAUUGUCAAGCCUACAGCAUUUGCGUUAAAGCACUCAUAGCGCUUCUGUGCUUUUAUCAUUGGUCUUUAAAGGACUUUUUGGAUUUGAGUAUUUUUCAAGAAAAUGAUGCGAUCGAAUUAUUAACCAGUGUUAUGGUGAUGACAAAUAUGUAUGCACUCAUCGCAAUUUUCAUUCUCAACUGGCGUGAAUACAGCACUGUGUUGAAUAUCUUUAAUGAAUUUGCGGCCAUUGAACGCAUCUACUACGCGCGACAUAGCAUUUUAGCGCAGAAGUGUACAACAUACGAUAAUUAUAUUAUUCUAAAAGGCCUAGCCACACUUUUACAAAACAUUUCCUUCCUGUUGGUUGUGUUUAUUGGCGUUAAUGAACCCGACAUCUACGCAGUCGGCUUGGUAGGCUUUCUACUAAUUUUGAGUAACACAAUUUUUGUGGUGGUGUUACACUUUUGUAAUUUUACCAUAACCACUUACCGUUGUAUUUGGAUAAUGCAACGAAGACUGCAAUAUAUGGCUGAUUAUGAUAUUAAGAUCGGUGGUGAUGCAGCGUGCGUGGCCAAUGAGAUCUACGAAAUCGCAGGAACGUAUAUGCGUUUAUUGAAAUUGUGUAAGCAAUUUGGCCGAGUUUAUGGUCAGCAAUUAUUGCUUAGCAUUUUUGGUAUUAUGUGUGCGAAUAUACAGACGCUGUACCUUUUACGCAUACUUUGGAGCGAAAGAGUGGUGGAGUUGUCGAAUUGGGAUAUAUUUUUUACACUGCAGGCGGUUUUAAUAAAUAUUUUCGACUUUUGGCUGACCACAACGGUUUGCGAAUUGGUUUUGUGCGAGGCACGCGACAUGGCGCAGGUGCUGAGGUGUUUCGAUGAAAUUGCACAGAUGGAUUUGGAGCUGGAAAGAAGUGUGGACAUUCUUGUAGCGAUAUGCCGAAAUAAUUAUCCACAAUUUCGCUUAGGCGGCUUAAUCGACUUGAAUCACGACACAGGCCUUAAAACUUUACUGACAAUGAUUUUGUAUUUAAUCUAUUUAGUGCAAUUUAGUUAUAAUGAUUUUUGA